UCCCCAAAGGCCAAGCUGGUAGCCUGAGGGAGGGAGGAGGAGAGGGUCUGUGACACAGGAAUGUGUGAGGAAGAGUUCCCUGUGGCAAACUGGAGAGGACCUUGCCACUUCGAGGCAUUCUAAUCCUGACAUUUAUUUUUUUUUAAGAUUUUAUUUAUUUAUUCACGAGAGACACACAGAGAGAGAGGGGGGCAGAGACAGGCAGAGGGAGAAGCAGGCCCCAAGCAGGGAGCCUGACGUGGGACUCGAUCCUGGGUCUUCAGGAUCAUGCCCUGGGCUGAAGUCGGCACUAAACCGCUGAGCCGCCUGGGCUGUUGUAAUCCUGACAUUUAAAACUGCUGUCAGCCCUCCUGACUCCUCUGCCCUUGCAGACACCCACCUGAUUCCCCAGCUAAAAACCCUUCUCCAGACUGGAGGUGAGACUGUCCCUAGCGGCUCCGCUUGGGUCUGUUAGUUUGUCGAACCUCAGAGAUUACCCGUCCCCAGGCCUGACGUAGUUGCUCCUAACCUAAUCUUCCAGUUUCUCUAAGAGAAUGGCACCUCUCUCAGAGGCAUCAGAAACAGAGCCAUCACCAACGGGGUUUCCUACAGGUUCUGUGUAUCAUUCCUGAAACUCACAGGGAACGUUCACACUUCCCAGAGAAUGAGCCUCCUUAUGUCCACUGCAACUUAAACUCCACCCAGCCCUGGGGCACCUGGGGGGCUCAGUCGAUUAAGCGUCCAACUCCUGAUUUCAGCUCAGGUCAUGAUCUGAGUCUCUGACUCAAGUCUUGAGAUCGAGCCUCACAUUGGGCUGGGUGCUAAGCCUGGAGCCUGCUUGAGAUUCUCUCUCCCUCUCCCCAGCUCCUGCACAUACACACUCUCACUCUGAAUGAAUGAAUGAAUGAGUGAAUGAAUGAAUACAACCCAGCCCUUCACAAUGGUCUACCAAGCCCUUCACGGCCUGGCUCCUGCCUCUCCAGCCUCAUCUUGCACUUCUCUCUGUCACACCCAGCUCCUGCCCCACAUGGGUGUGCCUGAUACUGCUCAAACACCCCAAGCUCAUUCAGGGCGUCUGCACCUGCUGCUCCCUCUGCCUGGACUCUCCUACCCUUUCUCUGUGCCCGAUGGCUCCUCCCCACUCAUCCAGGCCUCAGCUCCUCAGAGAGGUCUCACCGAGCAGAAUUGCCACCUGUCCCCUGGCCCUCUCUGUUUCCUCUGUAGCCCUUCCUGCCAUCUGUAAGUCUCCUGUUCAUCUCCUAGUUCUUGUUAAAAAGUCUCUGCAUCCUCAGAGCUAAAACAGCAUCUGAACAAUGUCUGGGCUCAAAAGCUUUCCAGUGUAUAUUUGUUAUUGUUGAUCUAAGGCAAUGAACUUUGGAAUUGUAUAGCAAUUUCAUUGCUAGAAAUUGGUCCAUUUUGCCUAAUAUGAGUGCCGUCCCUUACUGAUUUUCUGAUGAUGAUUGAAUUAUUCAUAUUACAAUUAUGACCCAGACAUGCCCCAGGUGCUGGAGGUGCAAGAUACAGUUUUUGAACUUCAGUAGCUUUCCUUCUGGUAACUUCUACUACAUGCAAGUAGCAAAUGUGCAGUAUUCCAAAGCCUCUCAACUGUUUUAUCCUCCCAUAUCCGGUGCUUCAGACCCAUCCCGUGACCGUGCAUGGCACAGGCAGUUUGAGCAUGCAGUGUAGGGCAGAAAUGCAGAAAGAACAGGAAGCCAGAGGAAGCCGUCCAGGCCCAGUGGUAGGUCCAAGAUAUGAAGCACUGACCUGACCUGUUGCCCAGGCUGGAUCCUCAGCUGCUCUUGAGGAAAGCUACAACAUUCCUGCAUGCUGCCACUGCUGCCACUGCUGCCACUGCUGGUAGGAUAGUUUUCACUCAUGCCUAUGACCAGAUUGAGACAUGGUGAAGGAACUGGUUUAGGAGCUCCCCGGGAGCCUUACAUCCCAGGCACUCAGUCAUGUCCCUUGCUAGGCUGUCAUUCCAGAUGACUGGCACCAUCUCGAAGUUACUAGAUCUCAUCUCUUUCAUCCCAGAUUGCCUAGCACAGGCAUCCAAGAAAGCCACCUUGAGUAUAAUUUGAAAAGAACUGAUAGGAAAAGAUCUCCUCCAGGUCGCUAUGGGCAGUUGCACCAUCGUCUCCUCUCUGAUGUGUGAUCUCCGAGUUCCCCUUCUCUCUCACUGGUAGCAGCUUUCCUGGUUUCCUUUAUUCCCUUAGACCUUCUCUUUCCAUCCACUCUGGUGGCUGGAAAUGCCAUCUGCACUCCUACCUGUCCCACAAUUCUCGUCCCCUGCCUGCUUGUCUCCCUUGAGCUUCAGACUGGCGUGUCCAAUUGCUUAAGAAACAUCUCCUUUAGGAGAUUGAGGAGGCAUCUCUGCCUCCCUUCUGGCCUCUUCCCUUAAACCUGCCAUUCCCACAGCCUUCUCUGCCUCAUCCUUCUUGUGCCACAAACCUCGGAGUCAUUCUUUUUUUUGUUUCAAGGCUUUAUUUGAGGGAGAGAGAGAGAGAGAGAGAGAGCGAAUGAGCAGGGAGGAGAGAGAGAAGCAAGGAGCCUGCUGCAGGGCUUCAUCCUAGGACCCCGGGAUCAUGACCUGAGCCGAAGGCAGACACUUAACCAACUGAGCCACCCAGGAGCCCCUAGAUUGGUGUGUUUCCUACAUACUUUCUCCCUUCCCGGUGGCGAUGCCUUGAGAAUGAGGACUGUGCCUGUUCUCACCUUCUAGGUGUCUUGGGGCCUGGCCGGUAGCAGGUGCACAAGAUCAUAGAUGAGAGGAAUGAUGAAAAGGCGUGUGGUCUAUUGCCUUGGCUGUCCUGUGCCUCGUGGACUGUUUAGCAGCAUCUCUGACCUCAACACCCCAGAUGCCAGAGGCACCCCCCCCCACCGAGGAGUGGGAGCCCCGCUUCAGAAGCCGACUGCCCCUGGGGUCUUCCCAGGGCACUGGGGAGGGCCGAGGCUGAGGCCCACCAUGCCCAGCCGGCUGCUGCUCGCCGCUGCACUGCUGUCCAGCUGGGCUCAGCUUCCGGCCGAAGCCAGCUCCUGGUGGUCAUUAGCUAUGAGCCCUGUACAGAGACCCGAGAUGUUUAUCAUCGGUGCCCAGCCCGUGUGCAGCCAGCUUCCUGGGCUCUCCCCUGGCCAGAGGAAGCUGUGCCAGUUGUACCAGGAGCACAUGGCCUACAUCGGGGAGGGAGCCAAGACGGGCAUCAAGGAGUGCCAGUACCAGUUCCGUCAGAGGCGGUGGAACUGCAGCACCGUGGACAACACGUCUGUCUUUGGGAGAGUCAUGCAGAUAGGGAGCCGGGAGACCGCCUUCACCUACGCGGUGAGCGCCGCGGGCGUGGUGAACGCCAUCAGCCGGGCCUGCCGCGAGGGCGAGCUGUCCACCUGCGGCUGCAGCCGCGCCGCGCGGCCCAAGGACCUUCCCCGGGACUGGCUGUGGGGCGGCUGCGGGGACAACGUGGAGUACGGCUACCGCUUUGCUAAAGAGUUCGUGGACGCCCGGGAGCGGGAGAAGAACUUCGCCAAGGGGUCGGAGGAGCAGGGCCGAGUGCUCAUGAACCUGCAGAACAACGAGGCGGGGCGGAGGGCUGUGUAUAAGAUGGCAGACGUAGCCUGCAAGUGCCACGGCGUCUCAGGGUCCUGCAGCCUCAAGACCUGCUGGCUCCAGCUGGCCGAGUUCCGCAAAGUAGGGGACCAGCUGAAGGAGAAGUAUGACAGCGCAGCUGCCAUGCGCAUCACCCGCAAGGGCAAACUGGAGCUGGUCAACAGCCGCUUCAACCAGCCCACCCCUGAGGACUUAGUCUAUGUGGACUCCAGCCCAGACUACUGUCUGCGCAAUGAGACCACGGGCUCCCUGGGCACCCAGGGCCGCCUCUGCAACAAGACCUCGGAGGGCAUGGAUGGCUGCGAGCUCAUGUGCUGUGGCCGUGGCUAUGACCAGUUCAAGAGCGUCCAGGUGGAGCGCUGCCACUGCAAGUUCCACUGGUGCUGCUAUGUCAAGUGCAGGAAGUGCACCGAGAUCAUCGACCAGUAUGUCUGUAAAUAGCCUGCAAAGGCCCCCUCUUCUGGCCUCUUCUCCACUCUGCCUCACAAAGUUUAUAUUAUAUAAAUCUAUAUAAAUCUAUUAUAUAUUUGUAUAAAGAAAUGGAUGGAUGAUAAAUAAUUAAAAGAAGAAAAUGGAAAGGAAAAGCUUAUUUAAGAGAUGCUGGAGAUCUUUGAGGAUUGAACUUUGCUGGUUCUCUACUCCCGGCAGAUGGGGCAAGGGGCUUCUCCCCCUCCCUCUGCUGGGGACUCUCAGGAUGUAGGGACUUGGGGAUAUUCACUGCCUACCCACUAUGGCCUUAGGAAGACGAGUGGCGAUUAGAUGGAGAAGAUGGUUUUGUCUGGAUGUCUGGAGUCUUUGCUGGCUGGAUGGCUGCCCUGUGACCCCCGUCAUGAGGCCAGGAGGCCCUGUGCAAGGUGGCAGGAAGUCAGCUUACACCAUCAUGUCUUCAGGGUCUUGUCCAAAAUACUGCUUGGUUCCGUAAAAGGGUCCAGUGCUUUCUUACCCUUUCACUCGGGUGCAUCCCGGCAGAACCCAGAGUUACAGGAAUGAGAAGAGGCCCGAUGUCAUCUCUGACAGGUGACCACAAAGGGACCUGCACCUCCCCAGACCCCCAGGCCUGUCUGUCCAGCGAGAAUUAUUCUCCCUCCACAGCUCACUGGCUCCUGCGGUCACCAGCUUCCUGCGCUGAGGAGCACAGGGGUCAAUUAGCCUGACCUGUUAGGAGAGACACGAACUGAAUUAUUUGUGCCCGAGCUGCAGAGAGCCAGGAGAGUAACUGGUUCGAGUGCUGCACUGUGCUCCCACGGGGAGAGGAAACGGGAUGCUGCUGUUGUCACUUCCUUCACCGUGCAGACCCCCCAAAUGACAGGAUGCGUGGCCUGGUCAGGCUUGGCUGGCCUGGCUCGCUCUUGUCAUCUCUGCCCCAGAUGUACAGUUUCUCUCUGACAUUAAACCCCCUUCACUGGA